UUGUUGGAGUUGGAUCCAUAUCUGUGGAGUUGGAUUUCAAAUUGAAAUCGUUGGAUUUCAAAUUGAAAUCUUCAAUCUGUCUCAUCUGUGUCUUCAAUCAACAAUUUUUCCAAAGUAACUACUUUACAAUUUAAUGAAAACUACGUUGUGAACAAUUUUGGGGUACAUUUGAUAAUCUUAUAACCUGUUCAAACUUACAAAAUAUGACUGACUCAACGAUGGAUGUAGUUCCAGUCGUGUUGGUUGAUGUGAUCAUAGAGUUCAAAAUGGCAACUCUGCCGCGAGUGCAUAGUUCAAAGCAUGCAGCCUGUGGUGUACCGUCACCGUUUAGCACCAGUCCACGGAAACUUCAAGAAAUGUCGCUACCAGCACCCGAAGGGCAUGAUUUGACUAAUGCAAGUGGUAUAAGUAUGAAGCAGUACGAAGAACAGCUUAACGGUUUGCGCAAAGAAAACUUCCAUUUAAAGUUAAGAAUCUACUUCCUAGAAGAAAAGUUGGGUAGUGGAUCACCUCCGGCAGUGCAGGGCUUAUUGGAGCAUAAUGUAAGACUACAAGUAGAAGUGGAAGAACUCAGAAGGCAACUAUCAGAUAAGCAGGAGCUCCUUGCGGCCGCUGCGGAAGCUAUUGAUGUCUUAGAGCAACAGGGUUCGAUUUCUACGGAUAAUGUGGACGUAUCAAUAAAUAAUAAUGCUGCAAUCAAUAGAGAUGUCUCAGUUGCACAACAGGACUUGGGGAGAAAAGAAGAAACUGUUGACGACACAUGUCUGGAAUCAGAAACAGCUGGUGAUUACUUGGCUGUAACCGUAAAUAAUGAUGAUUUGGACGAACUUAUCAAACUUAGAAGAGAAAAUCGGAAGGCGUUACAAAUGAUUAAAGGUUGCAUGAAAAAAAUACAGCAACAAGAUAAAGAAAUAAAGAAAUUGAAAUUGAACAAAGAACUGGCAUACGCACACGUAAGUGACUCCCAAAUGGAAAAAUAUGAAGAAAUAUUGAAAUGCAAAGAUGAACACAUUAAGGAUUUGGAAAAUAAAGUGAGAGAGCUUCAAAAAAAUGUCGAUAAUAUCAAUAACGAAGACAAUACAGGAAACCUUCAACAAUUGUUGACUCGUCGUUUACAAGGCUUGGCUUAUUUUCUGGACAAACUUUUAUCACACAAGUGUGUUUUGGGUGAGGACAAACAAAAAUUGGCCGAAAGUAUCUUAGAACAGAGCUUAGCACUUCCGGUAGGAUUAAAAUUAGACGAGUCUAUGGCACCAGAAGACUUCACGAUGGAUGAAAGUAACCUAGAUGUAUCAAACGCACUAAGAAUUGAAGAUCUAACUAUGAUGUUUGGACAUCACGGUAUCUGUGCGGAAGAAAUGAGUAAAUUCUCAUUGAAGAGAUCAAAGCCUUUCCCACAAGCAGAUGUUAUGUCUGAGUCAGAGUGCUGGUCAGAGCCUGAUAGAAACGUGUCUUUAGCUCGAGUUGGUCUAUGCGACACUGGAGUGGUUGCUAGAGAAUCCACUUCGGAUGUCAAUAAAUAUCGGUCAAGAAGGUCACGUGUUUCUUUAGGCUCUCGGUCCGAAGACAACAAGAACGUCAAUGAACAUCUUUCAGUUGAAGAAAUGAAUCAACUGGUUAAACGAAAUGAUCUUAUUGAAGACGAUAACAACGAUCUCAAGAGCAAAUUGGAGUUUGCUAUGCAACAAAUAAAUGAACUCAUAGUGGAAAGGGAUGAAUUAAAAAAUAAUCUAGCUUCUGAACGUGCCAAUCAUGCGGAAUUAAAGAAGAAUGCAGAUUUCAUGUGUGAAAAUAUAAAACGCUUGGAGAUUAAGAUUGCGGAGGUUGAAAAACAAUUAGCCGAAGCCGUUAGCUUUAAUGAAAAGUUGCGAGUUGAAAGACAAGAAAUGGAAACGAUGCACAUGGAAACCGAACGAUCUUUGCGACGGGCUGCAGACGAGGCAACAGUGCAAGCUUCCCAGGCCGCUUUAGAGCGAGCACGGGCUCAACAUGACCGAUUAAGAAUUGAAAGAGAACUAGAAGAAGCCCGCGAAAAAUUAGCGUCUGCAUUAGACAUGAACGCUCAACUAGAAAUCGAAGUAACUCGUAAAGUGGCUAUGGACGCCAAUAUGAAAGUAGCAUACGUUAAUGAAGGCCAAUCAGAAGAAGAAAGGCCAACGUCUCCAGACCAGGGUAUUGAUAGUGACAGGCUGUCAAGCCUGGAACAAAAUGAAGCUGUUACAUUGUCACCUCGUUCACUAUAUGAAGAAAAUUUAACUCUUAAGCAGAAACUUGCCAGAACUAAAACAACGUUGGCAGAAACUUUGGCACAGUUAAAUGCUGCUAAUAUGAGAAAAAGAAGUGUACAGCGUGCAAUCUGCCGAGAAAUUCAUAAAACUCAAGGAGUCCUACGAAAAGCUCGUGAUCAACUUGAAAAUCAGACCAACCCACAAGGGUUAUUGUAAUAAGUUAAAAAUUCAAAAGACUUCAGCCAGUGGAAAGGCGUGAUAAGUAAAUAAUGUUUUUUUUAUUAACAUAGAUAUCCCUGACUUUCUGUGUGGUGUUGAUGUAGGUAUUUUUAAUAUAAUUAAUAUUCUCUAUUGUAACAAAUGAACCGUAUCAAUUUAAACAACUAGGUACCGAUGUUUGUGCUGUUUUAUAAAUUGUCAAUAAAUGAUUAUAUUUUUA